AGUACAGUUACGACAGUGAACUAAUGAAGUAAGAACACAGUCGACUACCAUUGACGAGUGACGACACUCAACACAAGAUCUUCUUCUUCCUUAGAUCUCUCUUUCUCUCUCCUCCCUCAAAAAUGCCGCGAACUUCUCCUUUGCUACCAACCGCCGACAACCAGCCAUACUCCAAAUCCGAAAAGACCAAAAGGCCCUUCAUCCCAUCUUCUCACACCUCCCGCCCACCCUUACCCUUUAUCGUAUUUUCCAUUGUCUGCCUCCUCGUCGGAAUCUCCGGCACCAUUUUCUCUCUCCUCACUUUCUCCCGCUCUAAUUCGCCCCCCGUCUUCCGCUGCGGCCGCGUCCAGGAUGCUUUCCGUGGUCACUACUUAUCGACGGUUCAGAAUCGACGAUCCUCCAAGAUCAAAGAUGGCGGGAACUCCCUUGAUCGGCCCAAGUUCUUAGGGCUUGUUGGGAUUUUGACUGGGUUUGACUCAUUUGAUCGAAGGGAGGCUUUGAGGAGUACUUGGUUUCCGUCUGAUCCUGAAAGUCUUUUGAGGUUGGAGCAAGCUACUGGUUUAGCUUUCAGAUUUGUGAUUGGGCGUUCUAAAGAUGCUAAAAAGAUGGCUGCCCUUAACCAAGAGGUGGAUAAGUAUAAAGAUUUUAUGCGUAUAGAUGUUGAAGAAGAACAUGCUAGCCCUCCACACAAAACCCUGGCAUUUUUGAUAGCAGCAUUUGAACUUUUUGAAGCAGAUUAUUAUGUUAAAGCCGGUGAUGACAUAUAUUUACGUCCAGACAGGCUUGCUACACUUUUAGCCAAGGAGCGAACUGAUGCUAGGACUUACAUAGGCUGCAUGAAAAAAGGACCUGUCAUCACUGACCCAAAAAUGAAAUGGUAUGAAAGUCAAGGACACCUUAUUGGGAAUGAAUACUUCUUGCAUGCUUAUGCUCCUUUGUAUAUGCUAUCUGCUGAAGUCGUUGCUUCAUUGGCUUCUUCCAGGAAUAACAGUUUGAGAAUUUUUAGCAAUGAGGAUGUAACCAUUGGCUCAUGGAUGCUAGCCAUGAAUGUUCAUCAUGAAGAUAACCGAGCUAUAUGUGAUCCUCGUUGCACGCCAACAUCGAUCGGAGUGUGGGAUAUUCCAAAAUGUUCUGGUUUAUGCAAUCCAGCCGCAAGACUAAAGGAACUUCAUGAGACUAGUAUGUGUUCUAAGAGUCCAACGCUCCCACCAGACGAGGAUGAUGAUAGAUAAGUUUUUAUAUGUUCGUUCAAUUAACCCUUUCACUUCAAGCAUGGCUUUGUUCCUAUUACUCGAAAUGCAAUCAGAAUGGAUAAAUGUCACAAGAAUGAGUAGAUUUUCAGAAGGGGAUUAUGCCAUUGAAGUCCUGAAAUUUCAUAUAAUGUACAAUAGGCAUUCUUUACCCGGGUGAUCCUUGUAUUUAGGGUAUAGUAGAAUUUCUUUUACAGGUAUUAGGAGGAAUACUGGGUUGUGUUAAUAUUCAAAUAAAAACGCAUGGGUCUUUUUGAAAACUGAGUUUAUUCUCAGUUUGCUGUAACUAAUCCCACUUUAAAUUUUCAGCAUCGUUAAAUUUUAGGUGAUAAAACCCUUGUUAUAUGCAUCCUUCUCCGAUGGUUGAUUCUGCCUGUGCCUGCAAGAUGCCUAGACUAUCAGCUGCGGCGUUCUGCAAGAAAAAUUACAGGUACAAAAUUGUUUGAAGAUUACAUUAGUUCCAUGUUUUAGUUAAUAAAUGUACUCUAGUCUAUUCAUUCAUUUUAGUUUUAGGUCAUUGACAAGGUAAAUCUUGUAUUGGAACGGUUUCACGAUAUAGUCAUUGUGAGAUUAGAGCGACUUUCGUGUAUUAUUGUGAGAUUAGAGCAUAAUUUUCUAUUUUUUCGAUGAACUUGCACUUUUAGGGGCCAACUUUUGGUGUCUCGUGUAAUAAGUUAGUGUAAUAUACCGAAGAUUCACAAAUUCUUAUUUACAAUGGGUAUACAAUAAAUAUUGUACAUCGAAGUAAAAGUUGACUUAAAA